AUGCGUCUUGAUGCCAUCCAUGCUUACAGCGAAGGUGAGCUGACAGUGACGGGUCCCACUGCCACAGCUGGCAUAUUCGCCACCUAUCCAGCUGACUACCUCAGUUUGUGGGGAGGUGUUAUGGACCAGAUCAUCGGCACGGCUGCACUGCUGUUAUGUGUCCUCGCUCUUGGGGACCAGAGGAACAGCACCCUCCCUGAUGGGCUUCAGCCUGUUCUGGUGGGAGCAGCGGUGCUGGUUAUUGGCAUCUCAAUGGGAUCCAACAGCGGCUAUGCCCUCAACCCCGCCAGGGAUUUUGGACCUCGACUGUUCACAUACAUCGCCGGCUGGGGAGUGGAUGUCUUUAAGGCUGGAGGUGGUUGGUGGUGGGUGCCCAUAGUGGCUCCCUGCAUUGGAGCGCUGCUGGGAACUCUGAUGUACGAGCUGAUGAUUGAAGCCCACCAUCCUCUCAGUCCGUCUGAGCUCCAGACCUCAUGCCAGGAGGCCACUGAGGGCAAGACAGAGCUGGAGCUGGACUGUGAAAAAAGCUCUUAGUGCUAAAAGUAAGCCGCAGUUAAGCGGUUUGUUGUGUAUAGUUAAGGCUGUUUAUGGUGUAAUACUCACUGAAGCUGUCUUUGUAAAUAUAUGUGACUGAUGUAUUGAAACAAGCAGAUUGGUUGUGUUUGCAGAGAUACAUGUCCUGUAGCAUAACUGCACAUGCAAGCACAACUAAAUCUAGUUUCUGAUGUUUUGUUAAAAAACUUUUGGAUAAAUUGCUAUAAAAUUUGAUACAAAUGA